AUGAAACGGCGAAAAGCACCACCACUCAGAACCAUACAAACCGCAGCUCAAGGCGCUGGGGCAGCAAAAGAUGACGCCAUUGGGCGGAUACAACCCUCCGGGGACCUCGUGGAUGCAAAGGAAAGAUCACCACCAAAGCCGCUGGGCAAGGUGACCCGCAAAGUGUCGGCUACUGGCCGGCCAAUUGUGCCCUUGACUGAGCAGAAAUCUAUCAGCAGAAGCAGAACACUCUCGAUAGGGAAGCGAGAUGAAGAACGUGACCGGUGGGAUGUAGCGCCAGAUGGCGCCUCGGCUGGCCGCGAAGGGCGUCAGUUUACCGUUGCCAAUGUCGGGAAUAAUGGCAAACUAUUUCUAAGACCCUCUGUCCGCCGUGGAAACAAGAGAUAUCCCCAACCCAAUUUCACGUUCCCCAUAACGCCGCCUGGGACUGCCGGCUUAGAGGGUGCAUAUCCAGAGAAUAGGGACGAACCCCCCAGCUUGACAGCGGACCAUCAUGAGAACCAAUUCACGCCUACACCGAGAACAUCCAUCAUCCCUCCCGCCUACGCUCCAGAUCUCAGCAAUCUUACGUCGCAACACCGCAGGGCUGUGUCGGACGGUACGAUUCGCGACUUCAAUUCGCCCACUGGUACGGAUACGGAUGGAUAUAGAAUUGUCAUCACAAAGCCAACCCACGGAGAUGAUCAUCGACCCAAGACGACCGAACAUCUGGAAGACUUGGAUGUUGAUGGUGUACCGAUGCUCAACAUCAACAUUCCAUCUUGGAAGUUAGGGACACCACGGUUCUCGACCAGAGGCACUCCGAUGCUGAGAGGCUCUUCCUACGCUCCCACCGACGAUUUCCGUUCCAACAGCCGCGCAUCCAUGUAUCAUUCGUCAGAGAGAAGUCUCGGUGCGCCGCUGAGUGGCUUGAGAUCCAGACGUCCUAGCCAUCUUGUCCCUCCAAAACUCCGCUUCCCUCGAACCUCUCAUGCAUCUUCGCAAGCAUCAACCCGACCACCGCGUGUCGUGCCCUCUACAUAUGCGUCUACACACCUCAUUAUUGAACCCGACAUGUUUGAUGAACUCACCUUCAAGCCCACUUGCGACGAUAAAUUGAUAGUACGCUACUCGCCCAGUGGAUCCGUAACUGCGGCGACCCCUUCCCGACUGGUUGCUGAGAUUACAUCUCCAAGCUUCUUAGACUACGAGCUGAUCUCGGAUUUCUUCUUAACUUUCAGAGCUUUUCUCGAACCGGAUAUCCUGCUGCGAAUGCUCAUGGCGAGACUUCGGUGGGCUCUGGAACGAACCGACGAGAUUGGCAUGAUUGUCCGCGUUCGAACUUUUGUCGCUAUGCGACACUGGAUCCUCAACUACUUCGUCGAUGACUUUGUCCUGGACUACGAUCUUCGCGUCAUCUUCUGCAUUCUGCUCAACGAUCUCUUUGACGAGCUGUCUCAGGAUGCGAGGGAGCGUAGAGUUCAACUCAAGAUACUGACAGAACUCAAAAAAUGUUGGCGACGGAUUUGUGCCCACUACUGGGAUGGCCCCGAUUUCGACGAUUCUCUGGGACCUGGAGCCCCAGUUGCACCGGGGGGCAUUGCUGGAUAUCGGGAUCCCAACCUGGACCCUACCUUUUGGGAAAGGGAGGGAGUAGACCCCCCCCAGUGGCAUGCCGUUUCUGGCAUACCCGACGGUUUAAGUGACGUUCCAAACUCGAGCGCUGAAGAUAUCCCCACGACGGCCCGUUUCGGAGACUUUACUGUAUCGGACCAUCGCCCAGGAACCCCCGAACAUCAGAUAAUCACCACUACUAUGGUGAGCAACGGACCAGCUUCGCCGCUCAGCAUCGCCAGCAUGGACAUUGUGUCUUGUUCAUUCCCCACCAAGAACGUGAGAUCACUGAAUCCCAACUCCAGCCAGCCGCUGGCAGCUCACCCUGUUUACUCGACGUCUCCCAUCUUGCCGCCGGGAGCUAUAGCAACAACUCCCAAGGCGCUUUCUGGCAAACGUGUUCGACCGGCUCAUAGCCAUGGACGUAACAACAGUGCCACCGACUCCAUAAGGGCCCCUGGCUCGGAUCGUUCCUCGUCGCAAGACGUUGAUUUACAUAUGAUAUUGCAGUCCGCAGGAAAUCUCGUUCGAGGCAACAUUCUCCCACCAGGUCAGCCGUUUGUCGACAUUGAGACUGGUACCCCCACCGGCGACAAUAGGCAGACUACUAUCUUUCAGCCCGUAUCCCGCAAUGCUCCCAAAGACCGGAUCUUUGGUGUCGCCAUGUCAGGUUCUGGAAUGAAGAAGUUCUUGGGCGGUGUUCGACGCGCCUUGAACAACCGAGGGCAGUGGUCGUCUGGAUCCCACACAAGUUUGCCUGCCGUCGCCUCCUUGAGUGCUCACACCGUCAGUAUCGACCAGCUACCUGGGACAGCCAUCAUCACGCAAGGCGGCUACGCCCAGACAACCAGUCGUCCCCAGGUGAGGAUUGACGUGCUUGGGGCCGAAGUGGCUGAAGACUUCAAGAGGGCCAUCCGGGAAGAAGAGGAGGCCGCCGAAGCAGAACGCUUGGGCAUCCCGAGACCUGCUCCAACCCCUGCUUCAGCUAGGCGCCGACGGCACAUGGAGUAUUCAGUUGCACAUAUGGAGUCAAGCACCGGCGAUUAUUUGCCUCAGGACCGGAGGUCACGACCUAUGAGUGACAUGGGCCUCACUACUGGAAGCCAAUCCAUCGUCAUUGUUGAUGAUACUGUUCCUUUCGAUAUGCCAGGCAUACGUGACAGACUUCCUGCUGCCACUUUCAACCCCUCCGCUGGUGGAUUAUCGGUGGGCUCCUUUUUAACAUCUGGCGGCGAUCCGACGCCCCCUACAACGCCCCCCGCGCAGCUCAUGACAGGGACACCACGGAGAUCGUCGUAUCUUUUCGACCAACUCGUCGCUCUGCCUUCCGCCUCCCAGGGGGAGUCCUUGCCCCCGUUCGUCCCGGAUAUGGCAACAUUGGGUCACACCUAUAUCCAAGGGCAGUCAGAUGAUGCGAGCCGAGUCUCCUUUUCAACAAUGCGUCGCAGCAUUCAGCGCCGCCCGCCCCUCAGCCGGGGAACGCUGCGGGUACAUAGGAGAAACCAGUCUACGAAUACUCAACAGUCAAACUACUCCUUUCGGCGCCACGCUUCGUUUGGCAGCCAUCUCGAGCGACAUUCCACAGCUCGGAGCUUUGAUGCUACGACAGAUUCUUCCCUGUUGGACAGAGAAUACGAAGCUCCCACCGUUGAGCCGCCUCGCAUACUUCGACGGCGUCCUGGCGGCUAUUUGAGAGCUGCAGUCAACAACGCGGGCGGCUUGAAUAAUCAGCCCACAGUUCGGAAAUCACAUUCCGUUGGCUCCUUGACAAAUUACACCGAUUCUGUCCGGAGCUCCCAUCUCCUUGGUACUCAUGCCGAGCAGGACGAUGACGAUCGCAGUUUCUCUGGUGUGGGAGAUCACCCUCGUGAGAGACAAGAGAUAUUUUCCGUUGGUCAGUUGACCGAGAAGCCUGCCAAGCGACACUUGUCUUUGUUUAGUACACAUUCAUCCAAGCCCAUUAUGCGUCCAUCAUUUGAAAUAGAGGCCCGGAAACUGGCACAGAUACCCGAUGAGGACGACGGCGGAGUUGAAUCUGCCUUGCUGAAGCUGGAGGGCAAAUAUCAGCCAAAGCCAAAAUCCUUUGAGCAGCUCAGGCAAACAGCCAUGAUAGACGCAAAUGAAUUCGGCGGACAAGCAGCCACAGCUGAUUCUUAUACCAGCGAGAAUCAAAGCCAGGAGAGUGAAACGGGCGGAAUGGAUGACGAGUACGAGUCUUGGGAUAAAGGAAAGCAGCCACUGGAUACUGCGCAUAACCGGGAUACCUUGAUUGCGCAUAGCAGGAUAGCCACGCUUGAAACGCGCUCAUUCUUGACCGCUGAUUCUGACGAGUCAUACUGUUCUAUACCUUUGCUUGAAAGGGGUCUGACUGAUGAUGGUCAAAGCAACAGAGGCACAUCCCAGUGGACCAAUCGAUCAGUUCUUCGCGGUUCAUCUGAUGAGGAUGAUGCUACAACUUCAGAUCUUGUAGCUACAAGAAGUCACCAUGCCUCCCACCAAGCCUCCAGCUCUCAUCUCUCCUAUGAUUUUGUCCAGAAGACGGAGAGUAUUGAGAGGGUCAAGACCCGGAAGACAGCUUCUCUCCCGGUGACAGAAGAUCAGACUUUCUUGGAAGAUGCUAGCGUCGGCGGUUCAGAUCUCUCUUCUGAGCUCUCCCCCUCUGAGGAUGAAGGCUCGAACAAUUCCCGCGAGAGAGCAGGCGUAUUUUCUAUAUCAUCACAGCCACAUCCAUUCGGGGAUCCUAUUGCGACGCCUAGGUCAAAUUCUUCCUCUGCUCCUAUGACACUUGCCCAAGCAUUGGCGAUGAGUCCGGUGAUGAUGAGCCCGGUGCUGACGAACACGGAGAGAACCCUGGAUCUAGAUCAAAUAUGGACCCGCACACCUCUCCCCCUCUCGCCAGAAAUAUUUCAAGAUGGUCCCAACACAGCUGAGCAUGUGCCUCCUCGCACUUCUGAAGCUCUUCCCCCACUACCUCAACCGGAGACUCCGAAUACGCUCAAGUAUUCAAUUCACCUGCCAUUUAUCCUGGCGUUUGAAUCUGAUAUCUUGGCUCAGCAGUUCACCCUCAUAGAGAAGGAUGCUCUCAACGACAUAGACUGGAGAGAGUUGAUUGAGAUGAACUGGAGAAAUGCCACCAGCAACGAUUCCCGCUCAUGGGUUGACUUUUUGAGAAACACCAAUGCCCACGGAGUCGAAGUUGUUGUUGCACGAUUCAAUAUCAUGGUCAAGUGGGCCAUUUCCGAGAUUGUGCUAACCCAGCACAUUGAAGAGCGGGCUCGAUGUAUCAUUAAGCUCAUUCACAUUGCUGCGCAUUGCCGGCGGUAUCGCAAUUUCGCCACCUUGGCGCAGCUUACCAUCGCAUUGUCCAGUGCUGAAGUCGCCCGUCUGUCAAAGACGUGGGAUUUGGUUCCAGCUCGUGACCUGAAUACCCUCGGCGAACUCGAGGCCCUCGUCACCCCCUCACGCAACUUUUAUAGCCUUCGAGCUGAAAUGGAGGUCGGUUCAGACGGGGGCUGCAUUCCAUUCGUCGGUAUUUACACGCAUGAUCUUCUCUUCAACGCGCAACGUCCCUCAGAGAUUGCUAGCUCACCAACUACUCCACCGCUCAUCAAUUUUGAACGGUGCCGUAUUGGCGCGGCCGUAGUCAAAACGCUGUUGAGGCUGCUGGAAGCUAGCACGCGGUACACUUUCCAACCAAUCGAAGGUAUCACGGAACGAUGUCUCUGGAUGGGUGCACUAAACGACGAUGAGAUUCGACGACAUUCUGAGGCUCUGGAGUAA